AUGUCUACCGCAUCAGUACAACCUCCCGUCAUCCCUCCCCGGCCCUCCAGGAGUCAGGACAGGGAAGAGGACACGAAUACUUCGUCCCUACCCAAGAUCCCUCCUCGGCCUAUUAAGCGUUUUGACCGCUCCAUCUCUCCGAAUCCCGAUCGCUUUGCGCCUUCGCCUCUGAAUGAGAGCCCCUUCUCAAGGAGUCCCAAGGCCACCCGUUCGUCACCGAGCAAUGGUUUCUUGUCUUCGCAGGACCCCAUUCACAACCGUCCUGGCAGCGUCUCCAUGCCUUCUGUCGGCGAGGAGGGCAAUGAAUACGACGUCGUUGGCGAAGGCUUGGCCAAGUCAUACCCUAAGGCCCCUGCCUCGCCGGAGCACACCCGCUUCGCUGCCGAGGACCUCAAACUACAUGCUCCCAAGCCCACUUUCCCGGCUCAGAGCGCGAAACAGAGGGUCAUGGCCGUUACCCGUACCGACUCCGACAGGGCUGCCUCCUAUGGCAUUGGGAAACCUAGCAGCGAAGAGGCCACCAGGCCCAAUAGUCUUCGAAGGAAGGCCAGCUCUAGCGGCAUGUCGCAAAAAUCGGAAAGUGCUUUUGGCGACGAGGAGCAUGGUAUUCCCGAAAUUGGCCAGCGUGUGCCCAUGAACCCCAACCUCGGCGACGUUCAAGCUCCAUCCCCUGCGCCGGGCUCCGGCGUCACCGAGGGCCUUCGCUCGGGCACCCCUCGUCACCAUUCCCGCAAGCAUAGCUCGCGCGGUUUCAACGAGCUCCCUCCCGGCAGUUACGGUCUCCAUGGCCACACUUCAGCACCUCCGACGGACAAAUUCGAGAGGGCUUGGUACGAGAAGCACCCAGACUUCCUGAAAAAGGACUGCAAGCCUUCCCUCCACGAUCGUCAAAAUGACUACGCCAUGAGCAGCACGGAUUUGAACAAGAUUGUCAAGGAGACUCACAGCCGAGGUUCAGGAAUGGGCACCUCCGCUGCGUAUGUUGGUACUCCUAGCGAGGAGGUCGGGUACCAGGCGUCCGAGGAGUACACCUCCCGCAUUUCUUCCCCCGAACUUCAGCGCAUCAAGUCUCCUCUGAGUCCCUUGAGAGAUUCUCACCCCGAGCUCUCGGUCUCGUCACCUGAUAACGCCGCCACCCCCGGCAGCAAUGAGGGCACGAUUCACGUCGAUGAAUCUCACAACCGCCGCCGAAGCUUCGUUUCCCACGAUCCCAGUCACGAGACCAAGUACAACGCACCCAUUCUAGCCGAGGACGAGCUUGAGAAGGGCGCGCAUCCCUACGAUCUCCAGCCGGCCGUCGAGCCGCCGCCAGAGCGCUCCGGUAGUGCUUUCGAGAUCGAGAAGGCACCGAGUAGACCCACAAGUCGACCUACCAGCAUGUACAACAACCAGUCACAAACGGAGCUGACAUCGACUCCUCUGGAAGAUGUCGAGGAGUACGAGCCGCUGUUCGACGAGGACGGUACCGAGGUGAAGAAGUCCGAGUCCGUGGCAAACACUUGGAAGCCUCGCCAUAAGUUCCCGAGCAAGGACGUUUGGGAAGAUGCCCCCGACAGCGUGAACUACACCGCUGAAGUGUCGACACCCGAGCCAACGGAGACGGAACGUCCUUCGUCCAGGCGUCGCUCCGAACUGCCCACCGAGAAUCCUGCGCUUGAGUUUGCUCGUAAACAAGAGGAGCUUGCAGAGCAGGAAGCCCGCGGCAUCCACAUCAAAGAGAAGAAGCCGGUGCCUGUUGCUCUGCAACAUGUGAAGGACGAAGCUCGACCGCAAAUGGCGAACCGCUUCCCCAGUCGCGAUGUCUGGGAGGACACACCAGAAAGUCUGAUGCACGAGGCUGUUGUCGAUACCCCAGAGCCCACCGAAGAAUCCCCAAUCGAGAAGCCGUAUGUUCCAGCUCGCCCCCAAAAGAAGGGCUCCGAUUCCAGCGCUUCUGCGGAACCGCCCUCAAUUCCUGAGCGCCCGAGGCCCAGGCAUACUCUGAGCAGCGAUGACAAGUCGAAGCCCACGGUCUCGGAGAAACCUAAGCCUCAAGUUCCAGUCCGCCCGGCCAAGGCCGUCUCCUCCGGUGCCGACCUCAAGGAUCAGGAUUCUGCCCCGAAGCAGAAGCCAGCUGUUCCGGCCAGGCCUACCGGAGGUAAAAUUGCCGCCCUUCAGGCUGGCUUUUUGUCUGAUCUUAACAAGCGCCUGCAAAUUGGUCCUCAAGCUCCCAAGAAGGACGAGCCGCCUGCUGCAGAAGCCGUUGAGGAGAAGGAGAAGGCGCCACUGUCCGAUGCUAGGAAAGGACGUGCUCGCGGCCCCCAGCGCAGGGCUCCUGCAGCUAAGACUCCAGUCCCUGCUGCCGAGACCAAGGCGGGACCUACGUUGUCCUUCUCUCCAUUGAGAACUUGCUGGAGUAUCGGUGACAGUGGAGUACUCGAGGUCGAAGAGGCAUCAAAACUGGAGCCUACCAAGGAGCCAGUCCUCCAGGCCGAAGGUACUCAGGAAGCUAAGGAAGCCAAGGAAGUCGGAUUGGAAACAGAACCAGUUGAGCCUGAGACCACAGCUGAGACGGUUCCUGGAGAGCCAGUCGCGAAGGAGCUAUUUGAAGAUAAGCCCGAAGAAGCUAAGGUCAACGUUCCCGCGUCUGUCGACGCCGAGGCCGAGGCGCCGAAGGAGAAGGUCAAGACCCUUGCUGCCAACACUGCUGGCGAGCCUGUGAUCGAGACAACCCUGGCGGAUAAGAAAGAAGACGUUGAGCCCGUCGAGGUGAAGCAGACGGGGGGCGAGGCAGCUUGA